AUGGCCCCCACCGCUGUUGAUCAAGCCCUCUUCGCCGGCUCAGGCGCCGCUCCGCCUCCAGAUAAGACGACGGCAGCCGCGGCCCCUUCAAACAACACCUCGCGCAUCCAGCCUGACCCGCAGCUAGUCCAAUAUCCCACUUCCUGGCCUGCCAAUCCCACAACUGCCUCCGGCUGGUAUGAUCGUGCGCACGAGGUCUCCGAGCUAUUAGCUCAAGACGCUCAUAUCCGCGACCGAGGGAAUGUGGUCCCGUAUCGUCAGGUACAACUGCUCAAGGAUAGUGGACUGAGUGGGCUUCUGGGCAGGGUGGAGUGGGGCGGAGCAGGUCAAACGUGGGAGGUAGCAUACAAGUGUGUAGCAAUCGUGGCGGAGGGCGAGGGCAGUCUAGGACAGUUGCUUGGGUAUCAUCUGAUUUGGUUCCACGCCCCAGCUCUCGUGGGAACCACCGCCCAGCGCGCCCGCUUCGAGGAGUAUUGGACGCGCAGUCGCUCCUUUCUGGGUGGGGCCGUCAAUCCACGCGAUACUGCUCUGACGGUCUCUGAGCACCCGUCCGACCCCACGAAGCUGGUUUUCAACGGCUUCAAGACAUUCAGUACGGGCUCCAAAGUGUCGGACGUGACUAUCCUCGAAGGUGUGAAUGAGAAGGGGGAGUCGGUAUUUGCCCCUGCGCCUUCGAAGCAGGAGGGGAUCCGGUACGGGGACGAGUGGGUGGACAUUCUCGGAAUGAGGGCCACACAGUCUGGCUCCAUCACAAUCGACCACGUCGUCGUCGACAAGGAGGAUGCACUCGGCUUCGUCAACGGUGUCUUCCAGCCGCUCGGCGCCUACAACACGCUCAACCUACCCGCCAUCCAGCUCGUCUUCACCUCCUUCUACCUCGGCAUAGCUCGCGGAGCAUUGAAGCGCGGUCUGGCCUAUACGCGCAACAACACGCGCGCGUGGCCUUAUCAGCCUCACCCACCUACGCGCGGCGUCGAUGAAUUCUACAUUCAGGAAGGGUACGGCACCCUCCAGGCCCGUCUGUGGGCGAGCGAAGCGCAGAUCGACGCCGUGGUGGCGCAGAUGUCUGGCCUUCUGCACCAGGAGCCUCGCGAAGCUGUGACAGCUGCACAGCGAGCUGACGUAGCUGUGCGGGUGGCGGCUGCGAAAGUGAAUGUGGCUGACUUUGGACUUGAUGUCGUGACGCGCACGUACGAGUUGCAGGGGGCGCGAUCCAUUUCGGGGAAGCUGGGGAUGGAUUUGGCUUGGAGGGAUUUGAGGACGCAUCUCUUGCAUGACCCAUUGGCUCAUCGUCGGGCUGAGGUGGGGAGGUAUGUGCUUGCUGGUGGGGAGGAGGAGGGAUGGCCCACGCCCAGUUGGUAUUCGUGA